UUUGUAUGUUUAGUAAAGGUUACUACGUGGUACGUGUUGGCAUGUUUUUCCAAUUUCUAUAGUCUUAAUGAGUGCGUUUCAUCGUCGCGAUGUGUCAUAAGUAGAACGAUCAUCGCCAAUGAUAAAUGGCCGUAUAUUUAUUGAAUAAUAUAUGCGACACUAAUUAUAACGUGUAAAAUGGCGUGGUUUGGAGACAGUUUGGCUAGCCUCUCUAAUUUAAAGGGACAAAUCGCAAACUUCACGAAGGAUGUUCUGUCUGAGGGCAUCGUCGAGGAAGUAGAUGAACGGUCAAAGGCACUGAAAGAAGCGAAUGAGAGAUGCAGUCAAUUGGAAGAUUUACUCAAUACCAAAGAUGCCGAAAUUUCUCUCCUACGCCGACAAAACUACGAACUGCAAACGGCUGUCGUCGAGAUCAACGCAAAAUCCAAAGAAUCGAAGGAUACGAAUCACAACGAUGAGACGACCGAGGGGGUAUUUUGGGACCCGUCAUGCGACAACAAUCGAACCGCGAAGAAUCAGAAUCAUGUGCGCCAAUUGCAGGAGCAGCUGGCUCAAGCCACCGUGAAAGUACGCGAAUUGGAAUGCGAGUUGAAACGCGUUGAAAUGGUGAACAGCACGUCUUUGAAGGACGAUAUUCCCGAUGGACACCGAAGGGUUGAAGUGUUACGAGUGAAACAAGAUAUGCUGAAUCGUAUAAUACAGAUAGAAGAAAAGACCCGAGAAGCAGAACGGAACGCUAAACGCAUCCAGCUGGACGAGGCUACUCUCGUCAGCGAUUUUCGCUCGAUAAUAUCCAAGCUGAACUCGCGUGAAAAAUUCGACCUGGUUAGCGGAGCUCUGAAGGCUUUGCAAAUCGAAAGCGAGACGCGUGGGAAGAUGAAGGAUCACGAGAAGUCCGAUUCCGACGAGAAACUCGGCAAGGUCAGCGGCCUCGAAUACAAUCCUUUAACUUUGAAAUAUUAUUUCAACGCAAAUUCGGAACAGAGCAAGCCGAGUGACGCGAACGAGGAACACUCGACCAAUAAGGAGGAAAUAUGGCGGAGAAGAAUAGAGCAGCUCGAAAAUGAGAACAGAGAUCUCCUGGAAGCUAUGGAAAAGUUGGAUGAAGAACAUGCGCAAUCGAUUGAAGAAUUGCUCUGCCUCAAGCAGGAAGUUAAGAAGGAGCAUCGUUCCCUCCAAAGCGCUUACGAGCAACUUUCUGCGGAUUACAACGAGGCUCAGAAGGAAAUUAUCGAAUUGCGAAACAACGAUAUGCAGUUGCGAAAACUCGACAAAAGUGCCGACAAACUGGAUAAGUAUACUCAAGCGGCGCCUUCUUCUCAGCGAGACGACUCGGUAUCGGAAAGAAAGGUUCUCAACGACAUUACCGAGAAAGUUAAAGCCAUCUUGAGGAACUGUACUAUAAGCGACGCUGAAUCGGGAGAAUCGAUCUUCGAGGCUGUCGCGAAGCAAUACGUCGACGCCAAGUGGAAACUGGACGUCUUGGAGCGAAAAGUGACCGAGGUCACCCGGAACUUGAAGGAAACCGAGGAUAUGAAGGAUACUUUGCAGAUUGACUGCGAGGAAUUGCAGUCUCACAUCGACACGUUGUUGAUGGAGAAUCAAGCUCUAAAGUCGAAUCUGCCGUGUAUUCCUGAAGCGAGCGAAGAACGAGUAGCUUCCUUGGAGACGGAUGUGGAGUCCUUAAACGAAGAGGUGAAACGUCUCCUAGCGGAAAAUAAGACUAUGCGCGAGACGAACUUAAAUCUGACACGUGCUAUAGAAAGCAAGGAAUCUUCCUUGACGGAUUACAGCCAGUCGAAGGAGAACUUUAACCGCGAGGUAUACUCGCGCUUGGAAGAAAACAAAGAGUCACAGAAAGAAGUGGGUCCAUCCGAAGAUACAGCGGAAUUCCCGACGCCUUUGAAAGAGAUUAAAAGUUCGGACGAGGAUACUGUGUCGAUUGAACAACUGAAAGCCGAACAUGAGAACGUAAUACGAGAAUUAACACUGACGGUGUCCAAAGUGGAAUCAUUAGAAAACAAUCUGGCAUUUCGACAGGGCGCUGUAGAGAAAUUAACGAGAGAAAACGAAGAUCUGCUGAAAAAGAAGAAACAGUUGGAGAUGGAAUUGCAUGGUUGGCAAUAUGACCAGCUCAAUUUGCAGCAACAGCUCGACCAAGCUAAUCGCGGGAAUUCUAACUUACAAAACAGCAUCUUGUGCAAGAGAAAGGAAUUGGACGAGAUGCAGACUCAGAUUGAAGCCAAACAGUCGCAAUUGACCACAUUGUACCAAGAAUACGACAAGCUGAUCAAAGAGAACGCCUCUCUGUCGGAGCAGUUGGCUGCUACACACGACGAAUCGCUGGAUAAGAUAGAGCUGCUGAAUACAGAAAUGUCGUUGCUCCAACAAGAACAUGAAGAUCUGAAGCAGGAAGUAUCGGUCAACAAAGGAGAAUUGACUAGCACGAAGGAGCAGCUACAUGAGACGCAGGGACAUUACAUGAGGUUGCAAAACGAGUGUGGUGUGUUGAAAGCACAAUGCGAACAGCUGAAAGCGGAAAGGGAAAAUAUUCAAGGUAUAUCAACGGAACGAAUGACGAAGAUGCAAGAGCUCGAGAAAGAGUUAAGUCUCAGAGAAUCGACCGUGGGAGAAGUAAAUUUCCUGCGAAAGAAAUGUCAGCAGUUGGAACAGGAAAGGGAGGCGCUUCGCUUGUCGGAAUUUCCAAAAACCGCCUCAAAUAAUUCGACAUACUCCGAUAAAACGAACGGUAGAGCGGACGGACAGGAGCUUGGAGUUACUGGCAGUAAUUUAGUCAGGAUAGCCAACGUGACCGAGGAGAUGAAAACGGAAAGAGCGACAGAUUUAGCGACAGAAGACACUUCGAAUAACGUAACGCUUAAUCAUAACAACCAAUGGACGCUCGAGCGGAUUAUUAGAGAGGAAAGGCGAGAAAAGGAUGCCCUGAAGGAACACAACGAGAGAUUAACGAACGAAAUCGUCGAGCUGCACGACAAGCUACAAAGCGUUAUUGAAAGCAACAAGGAGUCGGCGGAAAUGGCUAAGCAAACUAUUGAGGAUCUUUCUCACCUAAUUCGAGACAAAGACCAUGAAGUAAGCGUUCUACGGAAUGAUCUCACGCGUGCAAACAAUACUGUGGAAGUUUCGAACGAGAUCGAUCAGAUUGGCAAACGGAGGGAUGAACUCGAGCAGCUCGUCGCUGUUAAGCAUAACGAGAUCCUGCGGUACCAGAAUGAAGUUCAGCAGCUGAUUUAUCGCGUGAACGAGCAAGCAGCUCACAUUCAGCGAUUAGUCGUUGAGCAGACGGUAAAUGAGGCGGCGAAUAAGGCAAAGACGGAGAGACAGAAUCACGAAGUCGAGAGUCAAAUCGCUGCUGAACGCCAGGGACAAAGGGACGAGCUCGCAACACUGAGCGAAAAAUGCGCUGCCCUGGAAGCCGCUCUGAUCGAGGAACAGUCCAACAGCAGAAUUCUGCGGAACCAACUCACCGAGAGUCAAAACAAGGAGACCAACGCCGCCAAAGAGUUGGAGAGGUUGAGAACGCACUUGGUCGAGAUGGAGUCCAGCUACACGGAGGAAGCUCUGAUCGCCGAGAGGAACCGUGAAGAGCUCGAGGCAAAGUUGUUGCAGGCCGAGGAGAAGGUGAAGAACAGUUCGACCGCUUAUACAUCGGCAAGUAUCAGAGCGAAUCAGCAGGUUGAGACGUUGCAACAACAAAUGGCCCUGAUCGUCCAGCAGAGGGAUCAGAUACAGGCGAAAUUGUCCGCCACCGAAGACAACAUUUUACUGCAGUCUGCCUCGUUGACCAACUUACAGAUAGUCUUGGAGCAGUUCCAGCAAACUAAGGAGCGCGACAUCAUAUCGGUCACAGAGAAGAUUCGGUCUCAACUCGACGAAUCGUAUGAGAAGCAGGAGGAACUGGCGAGUGAGAUUUCGAUUCUUAAGCAACAACUAUCCGAGGCUAAAGAGUGCCUGCAAGCUGCCUCUAGAUUAAGCGAACAACUGGAGAAGAAGGACGAACAGAUCAAGCGACUCAACGAAGAAGUGACACGACUGACGACGCUGGUGGACUCCACUAACCAGAAGGUAAAAGAAACAAUGGAACUUGAUGAGGGAAAAGUCGACAAAACCCUCGUUAAGAAUCUUCUGUUGGGUUACCUGUCCUCAACCACAUCGGACAAGUCUUCGAUCCUCAGGGUCUUCGCCACCGUCUUGGAUUUCACUGAAUCGGAAAAGGAAAAAACUGGCUUGAACAACACAACGACGCAGGGCAACUGGCUGUUGCGUGCCGGAAAAGGCGGCGGUAUGCUGCUGAAAAGUGAGGAGACGUCUCUGUCAGCGGCCUUCGUGAGAUUCCUAGAAAGCGAGUCCAAGCCAAAGCCUCAAUUGCCAGCCUUGCCGAUCUUGAACUCGCCUUCCUCUAGAUCCGAAUACAACAAACAGGCUCCGUCGUCGUCGACGAUAUCAUCGUCAUCGUCAGCGUCGUCGUCAACAUCGUCGUCAUCGUCGUCCUCUUUAUCUACGCAGUCUACGUUGUUGCUGUCCAAUGUUGCUCUCCCAACGUUCCCGGACUUUGUUCCGGCUAGAAACACGGGAUCCAUCCUGAAGGAGGUGUUGAAGGACAGUUGAUAUUACACGCUGUAUUAAACGAUGUACAAAUGAUAUUGAAAACUAAGUAGAUAUAUAGAAAAGGCUA